AUGAGUGUUUCCGUUCACGCUGUGCCUCCCGAGGCCCGGACGAGCUACAUAAUCGACCAACUGGAGGGUGAGAGGCUCACUAUUCCCGGUAGUAGAGGUGUUUUCCGUAUAUUGGCCUCCUCGAAGCAGACAAAUGGCGGAAUAGCUGUCUUCUCCAGUGGCGCCGUGUUGUCCGACGCGCCUGGCUUCCACUGGCACGAAGAGGCACACGACAUUUUCAUGGUGACCAAGGGAUCCCUUAAAUUAUGGAACGGAGACAAGUGCCGCAUCAUGGGGCCUGGCGACUUUGCCUAUGUUCCUCCUAAAGUCAUCCACAACCCCGAGAUGCUGGGGCCUCACACGGAACUAUAUGGACUCGUGGCUCCCGGCGACUGGAUCGACUUCUUCCGCUUUGUGGCCGAGUCCUACGACGGUGUCCUCGUGCCCGAGAAUGACAAUCGCAACCUAGGUGCUCUCCUCGGCCAGAAGAUGGCGACAGCGAAAGAUCGCUUCGAUGUCCACUUCGAGAGAAACUACCAACCGCCCGCACUGGGAGACUGGCAAGAGACGGAGAACGUCCUGCCAUCCGCUGGCGAGCCGUACUUCCUUCGAGCAAACACCGGCCCGAGGUGGAUGCUGGGAGGCGUCAUGUCUAGGCCGUUCAUUCACGCUUCACAGUGCGGCGGCAAAUUUGCCGUCUCCAGCAUCGAGUCGUCAAAGGUGUACGAGGCCGCGCCACUGCGGCAAUGGCUGACCUUCGCGACAGUGGACCACUGCUUUUGUGUCCUGGAAGGCGUGCUGAGGGUGCAGACGAAAGCAGGAGGCACGGCGUGGAGCGAGGUCAGAGAGGGCCAGACGCUGGUGGUUUCGGCUGGCGAGUCUUUCCAACUUGAGUUUGGCACGCGGUUUGUGAGAGCGUGGUCGUUUACGAACGGGCAAGGACUGGAGGAGUUGAUUCGCCAAGCUGGCGCACCGUAUUCGGGGUUCGUACUGCCAGAUUCUCAACCGUCGUGGGAUCAGGGUCGCCUCCUGGAAGCCUGCAACGCACUACAUAAUCUCCCCUCACCCAAGACAAUCCUCGACCUUCCACGCGCGCGUCAAUGUGCGCCCAUAGUGUACGGCGCUCUGGCUCCUCACACUACCGUCGGCAAUGGCAAUCACAAUGAAACAGCCGACACGGACUGGCCAUCAGAAGCAAUGAGCGCGUCGAGUUCUGUGGUCGCAAAUGGACCAGCCGAGCUAGAGAUAUCGUCAGUACCCGUCAAAGUCGGUACUCGGUUCUCUACCAGGGCCCUUCGCGUCUUGAGGUACUGGUUUGCAGCACACGAGGACCAUCCUUAUCCCCGUACUGGAGACAUGGAGUCAUUGCAAACCCAGACUGGGCUCAACAAGCUGCAGGUUUCUACAUGGCUUGCGAACACUCGCCGGCGGACCAAGUCCAGGGUUCCCGUACGGCCUACAUCACCAAGCGUUCUAUCGACACCAAACCUCGAGGCCAUGGCUAUCCCCACCUCGCGGCCGUCUAAGCUAGUAGAUCAGAUGGACCCCUUGGGAAGGUGGCAGAACUCACCCCCGGAAGACGAGGCUGCGGAUGCGACAGCCAUCUUGAAGGCUAUAUCUGGAUAUCCUGAUGCCUCAGCGCAGCCGGGCCAUCCAGUUCCAGUGAGGGCGCAGCCUUCAGUCUGGGGAGAGUGGUCGUCUGCGAGCAGUGCUGGAACGUCUCAAUCUAGCAACAGUUCUGGCGGCUCUGCGUACUCACACGGAUCUGCCUCUUCACGCGCACAGUCGCGCGACCUGGCCAGAUACACGGAACACGCGAGGCGACGAAAUCGACGUGCCACCCAGUCGGCAACAACACGUGCAAAGCUCUCGCAGCUACCGCGCAAGUUUCAAUGCACGUUCUGUACGGAGUCUUCUGCCCAGAAACAUGGUUGGCAGCGGCACGAGAAAACUAUGCACCUCUCUCUGGAGAGAUGGGAGUGCUCACCAGAGGAGCCGUACACGCGAGAUGACGACGGCCAUCAGGCAUGGUCCAGAAUUCAAUACCGCCUUGCAGGUCUUCCCCAUUUAUCUCCUUGUCUUUUGGGAAACCUCUCCUACAUGGACUCUAAUUCUGCUCCACUAGAUCUGAUCGAGUUUGAACGCACGUCGCCGUGGCCGUUCACGACGGACAGAGGCCCUCCAGCAACGCCAGCAAACGCGUUUGAGCUCAUCAAAAUUGAGCUGGACUAUUUUGCUUCAUGUCUCGACGAAAAGAAUCUGCCCCCGUCUCAAGAGGUUUUGCAGUACGAGAGCUGCUGCGUUAUCGUCGGUUCCGAAAUGCUAUCGCCAUCUCAAGAUGCUCUGAACACACCGCGGUCCUGGUUGCGAGACCUCUUAAUGUCCGAUGAGCAUGUCGCACGACGGGCUCGUAAUACACCUCUGGCAAGCGUUGUAAAGAAUCGGGCGACAGAGUUGAGAAUCAACAGCAAGGCGGACAUUUUCGACUCUUGCAGCCUGGAAGAGCAACUCCAAUUAUUCAUGGCACAGAAUCGUGGCUACGAAUCGCCAGUCGAUGAUGCUGACCUGCAGCGUGGGGCGUGCCAAGUCGUACGGGACGCAGACGCGCAGUCGAGACAGCCUUCUGAGUUGUUCGUGUCCUUCUUGACAGGCCUCAUCAAUCAUUCUCCUCACUGGAUGGCGCCGUUUCGGCAACGAUCUGAAGCAAACGCGUUACGAGCCAGUCGUGGUAUCCACCUCGGAGAACUUGGGUUUCAUGCGCCACACCAUCGUGAGCUUCAAUACCAGAUAGAUCAAAGCGGCAACGCGACUCUUGGUACGCUUACAGAGCCUGUAUUUGGCUUGGACGAGCCGAUCGACCAGGAACUUUCAAGACAAGAGCUACCAGCGGAAUUGCCAGGUCCACAGAGGUUCACUUUCCUCUCUACCGACACAUACUACUGGGGCCUGAGACGUGAGCUGUCGAGAUUCGUGGCCAUGUCUAUUUCACCUAGAAACCCUGGUUGUCACAUCCCGACGGAUGAAGAGCUCCAGAAUCAAGCCCGGGGGAUUAUGUUUGACAGCGAUGAUACAUGGAAUCAGAAUCCUGCUGAUAAUGCAGAGUGGCUCCUGCAUUUCAAAGGAAACAAUGGCUUGGCUUCCGGGGACGAGGCCAGCAAUGGAUGA